CCGUGCCCGUUCUGGAUCCGAGCUUGUCUAUUCCCUUUUAUGUGAGAUUGGCGUGGUUCGUUAAUUGCUAAUGCUAACACUCUGUUGAAGCUACUGGCAUGGAAUUGUCAAUGCUUGCCUAAUACUAGUACCGCGCUGGCCUUUCGGCUUUGCCCUCACCCAACAUCAUGGGGAAUUCGAUCUCCGCCGAAGCUCCGUGGAAGGGUCACCGAGCAUCUCAGAAAUUAUCGAAACCUAAGACAAGUAAUCCUACCGCAGCUGGCCUGUUGAAUAACAAUGGCGCCUCAAAUCCGCCGCGCCAUUCCCCGGCAGCGAGACGUGCCUCGCUCCCCCACGCUCCUAUAUCUGCAACCCCGCCGAUGCUCCCCGAAAAGGAUCCUAUCGUAUCUGUAAGCGUGUCAAGUGGCGAGAAAGGGCUAGAUUUAGGACAUCGUAUUUCGAGAAGACUAUUCCGUUCCAACACCUCCAAAGACGUGCCCAGACAUCACCGGAGAAGUAACAGUGUCGAGGUACCGGACCUUCCGCAAGAUCGUUGGUCAAACAGGAUAGGUUCUUUAGGGAAUGGAUUCGAUGAAGGCUAUAACUAUGGCCAAGCUCCUGUCCAAGUGAGCUUGUCUAAGAACACGUCACGAACUUCGUUUAAUUAUGACCUUUUCUCUUACGAGGCCCAACGCUUGUCAAAUAUCGUUAGCGAAACGCCUCGCGAAGACCAUUUGGCUAGUUUGGAGAAUCGAAUACACGUUUCCGAAGCGAUGCGGGGCGACUUCAGGGGACGACGACCGUCAAUUCAUGAUACGCCUCCGUCAAGAACUCCAAGUAAUUCUGACCUGUCUUUAUAUACUCCUAUGCGACGGAGGUCUUUUAUGACUCCUGGCGUUGCUACUCGUGAAGUGCGAAUGGACUCGGACCUUCCAAAGCCGAAAACAAGAUACAGCGUCCCCUCUACCCCAGCGCGUCGAGAGUCCAUGGAGUCAACGGGUAUUGGUACAAUUAGUUUGCCUCAUCAAUUAACCAAUCUAGAGCCUGUACCCCGUGCACUUACCCCUUGUGAGGCGGAAUAUACACAGACAGGCGCCUUUAAGCAUGGCACUCUCCGAAUUACAAAUGGCAGUCCAGCAAGGAGCCCGGCAAGGAGUUCUAUUCGAGAUCUUGACGGUGAUACCAAAUACGGAGAUACCGGGAUAUUAGCAGUUACUAAUACAGCAGAAGAUUAUUUUGGAACGGUACAAGCAGCUCCAACCAACCACAUUGAGACCCAAAGCUCCGAGAUUUCAGUCCCAAAAGUUGAAAUUCAAAUCAACUCCAAUGCUGAAGGAGUAACCUCUGCACGCCCUAUAUUGUCUCAGAGGCUCUCCGAGCUUCCAGGCGAGUAUCAGAUAAGCCCACCAACGCUUAAGGGUGGGGAGUUGAUUAUCCCGGAUAUAUACGUAACUAGCAAGAAUACAGCUAUAGAGGAUAGACUAUUCGAGGACGACGAUCAGGGCGAGUAUUCGUCAGUCGAGGUUCUAGAUGUACGAGUUGACACAAACGCGAAGUCUAUGCCACCUCGCGCGAAGCCAGCGGCGGAAGGGAGGAGCUCCAAGGAGAUCAGUAGGUCAGAUAGUGGCAUUGCGAGCCCUGCUUCGGAGUACUCGGCCGCGCCUUUAUCCAAGGCAGACUCAGGCUACAGCUCAAGUGUUUCACUACGGUCGUUUUCUUCAAGGCCACAGGCUCCCGAAAAAGACCGUACUAUUGAGGUUAUGAGCGAUACUAGUGUGAAACAAAGCAGACGUGCUGGAGAAUUAGAGGCUACGAGCCCUAUUGUCGCGACAGCUAGCGUUGACGUUUUUGAGUCUUCUAAGGAACCACCCCCUCCGCCGGUACCUAUGAAAGACCCUCAUCUUGUUGCUCCUACUAGUCCCAAGACGCCGGGCGAACAAUCGCCACGAUUUCAGCAAGCCCCUAGAUCAGAAGGCAUUUCGCAGCCUACUCAGGCUCCGGAGAGAACCUUGCCACCACGCAAUACGUGGAAUCAUCCCAGCCGCAGCAUUGAAACUUACCGGUCGUCUCUACGUAGUCCACCUACAUCUAGUCCUAGUCGAAGCACCACCACUGGUUUCCGCAAGCCCGGAAAGCUGCAGAGAUUUUUAAGUGGAAGUCGGGCACCGCUCGCUGCCCAUAAUACGCAUCCUGUUGGGUAUGCACGUGUUCCUGCUGUCUCUAGGGAUAUGCAUGCAAAGCUUCAGAUACACGCUAGGUCAAGACCGAUUUCGUUCAGGAAAUUGGCUCUAAGGUCUGCAGCUAGCAAGGAGACGCUGGGAACAAUCCUAAGUGUUGGAAGUGCAGAGCUACUCCAGGAUGAAGAUCUCUCUCCGAAGACCUUAGGCGGUCAAAUAAUAGCUCCAGGUCGGAAUCAAGGGACACCACUUUCUCUCGAAUCGAAGGCGACGAACAAUUCAUCCGCCUUAUUACAGAAGUCGGUCCGCCGUAAACCUGUACCUGCUCGAAGUUAUGAUACAUCCCCUAAGCCGCCUACAAUCAUCAAAACAUCUCCGGAAAAUAAACUCGUUCAAGUUGCAUCACCUAGAACAACCAAUAGGGACCCUAACAAUUCUACUAAUAUUUCUGCAUCAAACGACAGGACGUCUACAUACAUUCCGCGACAGCCUAGCUCAAGUACGUUGGUGGGUCAUAUGGAAGAGGGAUCGAGGAUGAUAAAUGCUAGACGUAGUUAUGAAUUCGCCCAAGGCAAAUCGCACUCUGCAACAUCCCUUGAAGUUCCACCACCUGUACCAAGUUCGAGAUUUUCUAAAAGCCCCCCGCCCGUUAGUAUGAGGACUCGGAAUAUGGGUACUUUACGAAUUCCACCUGUGAGGUCAAAGUCAACUCCUCCAGAAAACAUGGGUCGGCCAGGACGAACUCCCUACUCUCGUAAGGGGAGCCGAGAAGGUAAUUUGACGACCCCCGACGUGAGCGGCACUUUUGCGGCAAAUCAGACUACAGUGCCCAGAAGAUCGAGUCGGGAGAAUUUUCAAAAUUACCCUCCCAGCCAAGCUCGUCAUUACAUCGAUAAGUCUUCUUCUCUGCCUGCACUAAACGGUGUUCAGCCCAUAAACGUCAGACCGGAAGUGGCGAAUCAGGCGCCCAGCUGGGAUGUCCAGAUAGACCAUGGUCCUUCCCUUUCUCGACGAUCAUCCGAUUAUAGCCGCCGAAGCUCUCUUGCUAGUCAGUCGAGCCAACGAAGUGCUGCAACUGCCGGGCCAGUCUUCUUCCGGCAGCCACACCAUUCGCAACCCAAUCUACCAUUGCGUCGUCAGCCCAGUUAUGACGAGUAUAAUAUCGUGCCGCAAGACAGCUGUGCUCGGGAUAACGGCCCCUACCCAUCACUAUCUCGUAACGGACAGAUAUACGUCUCAGAUCCUUGGAGUGGCCGGUCGAUGUCACUACCGCAACAAUUGGACCAACAAUGGCAUCAGCCUAUACAGCAUCCUACACCCCCCCCUCGACAUCAUACUAGGCACCAGAGCAUAGAUCAGCAAGGUAACCCCAUGCCUUAUCGGGUUCUCCAUUCCUAUCACUCUCCUGCUUAUCGUAACUCGCCAAUCUGGCGAUAAACUACACGUCCUGCUGCCUUUCCUAAGAAGUGAAUUGCAAAAGCUUCCUUGUGCUCUUUGCAUUCUUACUUGAGACGUACCUCAACAUUUCCAAUUAUUUCCUUGAUAUCCCGCAUAUUCCCGGCGUUUUAAUUUGAGGUGAUCCAAUGGCUACGAUGUGGCCCCUUUCCCCCAACUGCAUUCAUCAUUGCAAAUCAAUUUCCUUUAUCAGGUGAAAGAGUGUGUUUCUGUGGUUGGUCUGUGGUAGAUUACAAGAUCAAGGUGGAUUUCUGAUUCUGGAUGAUAACGGCAACAAUUUACGACGCUAGGCAACGGUCAUAACGCAGGCUGGGAGGAACAGUUUGUUU